CAGGAAAAAAAAAAGAAAAAUGUCAUAACAAAUUUAUAUAAAACUUCAAAUAUAUAACAUUUCUACAUGAUUCGACUUCAAAAAUAUUGAAAUCUAUCGGUAUUUUACUGUCGAUACGUAUUCGGUGUAGUAUUUAAUCUUUAAUGCUAAUACGUUAUGAUUAUGUCUUUAAGUACAAUACUUACAUUUUUAAUCAUAUUGGGUUUGUUUACAAGUACAAAGCAGUUCGAUGUUCAGGAAGACCCUUUGUCCGACACGCCGGAUUUGGACAGCGAUGUUCCUAAUGUUGACGAGUCUGAAUCAUUACUUUCUAACGUAGUUUCUGAUGUCAACAAAACUCUAACCAACUUGUACAACCAUGUAACUUCUGCAAACAUAACAGCAGAAAAUACUACUCACUCAGCGAAUGAAACAAAAAAACUUGUAAAAUGUAAAGACAUCUUCGACGCAAAUGAACAGUUGGAGCCUUCUGUUGAAGUUAUAAACAGUAGCUACCUAUCAAAACUGUUACAAAUCAAACCAGACAUUACAAGUAGAGAUAUGGAGGCAGAUUGUGUUUUAGUAAUGUUCUAUGCGAAAGCUUGUCCAUUUAGUGCUCAUGCAGCACCACAUUUUAAUGCAUUAGCACGCUCAUACCCUAAUGUUAAAAUGGUUGCUUUGGAUUCACUGAAGCAUCAUGGUACAAAUGCUCAGUAUGGCAUUGUCGGUGUCCCAACACUAAAAAUGUUCCACAAUGGACGACCUGUUGGGAAAUUUAAUGGCACAGAAUACAACAUACAGUCAUUCAGUAAAUUUGUACAUGCAAUUACUGGGAAGAAUCCACAAGGGUUACUAGUCACAUCAAAGGACUUUCAAGGCCCUGUAUCGAGUGUUGUUGAAAAUGAUACAGACUACUUUUUAGUAUUAUCUUGGUCAUUCAUUAUAAUAUGUUCUGUAUACUACUUUAUGCAGUCAAAGUGGUGGAGGAUGAUUGUGGAGAUGGUGCAGAACAAUUGGAGAGAGAGUGAAGCACAGCAUGAACACAAUGAUUAGUCUUUUAUAAUUUAUUAAGUGCAGGUUUUGUUAUAAUAAUGAAAAUAAAUGGUUAUUUGAAAAUA